AUGAGUGCCAUAACAACUGCAAGCACUCGGCCCGUGACAUCGCCCAUCACACGACAUGCAACCUUCCUCGUCCUGACAGUCACAUCCCCCUCCGCAAUUUUAACUAUCCGCUCAAUGCUCGCCAACGUCUCCAGACUCACCAAAAACGUGUCCUUCCGUGAUGACGACGCCAAAUUUGCCUGUACCCUACACCCCUUCCACGAAGUCAAGGGCGCCAAACACACUGCUAUCUCAACGCCGGGCGAUCUUCUCUUCCACAUGCGCUCCGAACGCCGCGAUCUCUGCUUUGAGUUCGAGCGGAAGCUCAUGGAUAGUUUUGGUGAUGCGGUACAUCUCGAAGACGAGACCACCGGAUUCCGCUAUUUCGACGCGCGCGAUCUUCUCGGUUUCGUCGAUGGUACUGCGAACCCCGUCAGUCCCGAUGUCCCAACCUCCGUCCUUGUCGCGACCGAAGACGACAAUGCGCACGCACAAGGGGGUAGCUACGUCGUCGUUCAGAAACACGUCAACGAUCUGCCUGGGUGGAAACGCAUCGGAACAGAACAACAAGAACAGAUUAUCGGGCGCACAAAGCCCGAUAAUAUUGAACUCGAUGACGCCGAGGACGGAAAGCAGGCGUCUCACAAAAUACUCGGUACCAUUGAAGAUCAGGAGGGUAACGAGCACGAUAUCUUACGUGAUAACAUGCCGGUUGGAUCUCCGGCGUCCGGCGAGUCCGGACUUACUGUAUUGGGUAGACACGGAGGCUGUGGGUUAUUGAGAAAAUGCUCGAGCGGAUGUUUGUGGACAUCCGCCUGGGCUACAUGA